CAUCCCCCUUUUUUUUUUGUUCUUUUUAGUAUUCACUGCCCGUAUUCCAAGGCAGCUGCAGUAUUACAUCAUACACUCGAAUGGAAACUACACUUCGUGAUAAAGGAUACGUUGAAGUGGCAUCGCAACGUGAAGCUGCUCCUGUGAAACUGUACUAUGAACGCCAUGGAGAUGGACCGGAAAAAGUGCUUUUAAUUAUGGGGCUCAGCACUGCAUGUCAUGCAUGGGAAAAUCAGGUGCAAUAUCUGGCGAAUAGUGGCAAAUACACCGUUCUCAUUUUUGAUAACCGUGGGGUUGGUAAUUCAGAUGCUCCGUGGGGCGUUUACUCGACGUCACAGAUGGCAACCGAUGCCAUGGAUUUAUUGGAUCACUUUCAGUGGUCGCAAGUUCAUGUGGUCGGUAUUUCCAUGGGUGGAAUGAUUGCCCUGGAACUCGUUUACCAGAACCCCAAGCGAUUCCGUUCGUUGACAUUAACAAGCACCACCGCUCGUCGCAAUAUACCUACGUGGAAAGCAUUGACGACGUUGUCAAAAAUCACUCUGUUUGUGAAAACGCCCGAAGCCAAAGUGAACUCCGCCAUUGGCUUGCUGUAUCCUGACGAUUGGCUUGAUAAGAAACCAGACAAUCCCGAAUCAUCAUUUGCCACCAAUCGUGAGAUGGCCACCACCAACUUCCUCGCACGAGCCAAACGAACGCGGGUGCAACCGAUUCAAGGAAACCUUGGCCAAACUGCGGCGUGCCUUACCCACUGUGUUUCCGAUGACCGGUUGCGGGAAAUCAAGCGCGCGGGUUUACCGAUUCUUGUCGUGACAGGUACUUGGGACAAUCUCGUGCGCCCAGAAUCGUCAUAUCACAUGAAAGAUGUCCUCGAAGCCCGCUUUGAAUUGUUCCAAGGUAGUGGUCACGCCAUUCCCGAAGAGCAACCCGAUCGUUAUAAUCGCUUACUGGAUGAACACUUUACUGCUGCCGCCGCAACAUCAACGACAAAUUAAAUUUGAGUACGAAUGAAUGCCAUACCCUUUGCGUCAUCCUUAAAUCCAUGUAUCAUAAUUCUUGUAUGAAAGAAACCAUUGUGAAAAAAACUCUCAUCGAAAAGCAUAUGAAUUUCAUUUUCAUUGGGUAAAAAAAAAAAAAAAAAAAA